AUGCGCGAGCCCGGCGAGACGACACCGCAAGAUCACGCGGAGGAGGAGCAGGGUGCGGCGGAACGAAGUGAGCCCAGGGGUCCCCACCACCCGCGCCCACAAAGCCAGCCCUCGCAGGCAGCAGACGGUCGGGACGCACAAGAGACCCCACUGGGUCGUGCGGCAGGAGAGCAGCGAGGGGAGCGGCAGACGCAGCUGGAGGCGCGGUGUGUGGCGAUGACUCCACGUUCAAACGAUGGAGCGCCUUCUCCACGCCGUCCGGCUUCUGAAGGAGAUGCUCCAUUACGGACGAUGAUUGACGCGCUGUCCUGCCACGGCCAUAGCCGCCCUGUCGCCUACGUCGCCCACGGCCACUUGCGGUCGAGCGCACCGGCGAUUGCUGGCGAGAUGGGAUCCGCUGGCGCUGGCGGUCAGGAGAUCGCCCCCUGUGACGAGGACAGUAGAGCCGCUGGCGCUUUGACGGCCGCGGCGAAUGCGCACACGGGUCUGAUGGCGAGAGGCGUGGGGAGCGGGCGAUCGGUGACGUGUCGAAUGGCGACCGGGCGAAUGGCCCCUCGCGGCCCCUUCGCGGCCCCGUCGCCGCCCUUCCGCGGCCCCGUCGCCGCCUCUUUCAGCGGCCCCGUCGCCGCCCUUUCAGCGGCCCCGUCGUCGCCCGCCCUUUAG